AUAAAAACGCGAGUCACGUGAAUACGGCAAGCAUCCGCGCGCUUAUCAGGCACGGAGCGCGCUCGCCAGACAAAAAUCUCGCUGGGGACAUCCCGUAUUCUUUUCCGCUUACUUAAGAUUCUCUCGACUAACGCGAGCUCAAUCUUACGACAGUCGCCUUUGACAUCGAUCUCGGCUCAUAGGACUUCACUCACGAACUGAUCCCCCGCGCACCAUCCACAUUAAUCGCGCGCGUCGCGCGGUCGCUGGCAUAUAUUACGAGGAAAAAGUUCGCGCGGUGCAGUUUUCUUCGUAAACAAUUGCCAGUCUGUGUCGAGUGCUAUUUGCGUAUGCGUUUGCGGCGUUAAUCUACAACAAUGGCGGAUAAAAACAAUGGCGAAUUCCAACUCCAAUCGACAGGAUCUAAACCAGGAUUACCGCGUAUCAAUUCUACUGAAAGAAUCGUAAGUUCCGGGAAUAAGGGGCUGGAUUGCACUGCUCAACGCAAAUUUGUCUCUGCAUUGGACACGAUUAACCAUAUAUUGAUUGCAUUGGUGACGGUAUACCUUGUGUAUCACGCAGCGAAGGAAUAUUCCGUAACAAAUGUACACGUAAUCCUCUGCACUAUCGGUUAUGUCCUGUUGAUGUCGGAGGCCAUUAUCGUCCUGGCGAGUGACAACGUGCUGACCUCUUCUUUGUCGCGUCGCGCCAACAAACAUCUUCACUGGAUUUUACAAGCCAUCGGACUUAUUCUGAAUCUGGUCGGCGUGGGCGUGAUGUACAACGUCAAAUCGGUACACUUUGUCUCAAUCCACGGUAUUACGGGCCUCGCCUCACUGGUCAUCGUCUGCGUGAUGACUAUCUUCGGAUAUCCAGUAUGGAUCGCGUGGAAACUUCGCAAGUACAUGCGUCCGGUAACUACGAAGUUCUUUCACAAUUUUCUGGGCAUCGCUGGCUUUGUCAUCGGUAUGGUCUCGCAAUGUUACGGCUACGAAAAGUCCUGGGUAUACCGUGCAACGAAACUGAGGUACGCCGACGAUACUCUACUUGUUCUCACAGUACUGAUCACGAUAUUAUCGUUAAGAGGCGCGCUCGUCUCUCUCUAUAGGCAAGCCAUUGAUUGCCUGAAACCAGUUUGCUCCUCCACUUGAUACAUAAGAAUGUUGGCCAGAAUCUUUUUCUGAGAAAUUAUAGCGCGUAAUUUAUUUUUGUUAUUUACUUCUAGUUAAAAUAAUAUAAAAAAUUACUAACUUGUCACAAAAAAAACA